CAGGAAAGGCUAACAAUGCCCAAAAAACGGGGCAGGUUCAUUUGGCAGACAAAGCUCCUACAACAACUGCAAUGCUUUAUAGCCAGCCCCCCCUCCUAUAGAAGAAUUUCUUGUCGAGCCUCUCAGUCACUCCCCCCUUUGCAAGCACAAAUUGGCUAAGCGGAAAUGGGAAUUGAGAAAGGCAAGGCAGUGUUGCUGGACCUUAUACAGAAAUCCGGCGGUUGCGCCGUCGUAGACGGCGGCUUCGCCACCCAGCUCGAGCGCCACGGCGCCUCCAUCAACGAUCCCCUCUGGAGCGCUCUUUGCCUAAUCAAAAACCCUGAUCUCAUCAAACGGGUGCAUUUGGAGUAUUUAGAAGCCGGGGCAGAUGUAUUAGUGACUUCAUCUUAUCAGGCCACUCUUCCUGGGUUCUUGGCGAGGGGGUUUUCGUUAGAAGAAGGCGAGUCGCUGCUAAAGGGAAGUGUACAUUUGGCUAUACAAGCUCGAGACAAGUUUUGGGAAACUGCAAGACGAAACGGAAAGCGGGGAUAUAACAGGGCUCUAGUUGCAGCCUCCAUUGGAAGCUAUGGAGCUUACCUUGCUGAUGGUUCAGAGUACAGGGGUAACUAUGGACCUGAGGUGAGCCUUGAGAAAUUGAAGGAUUUCCAUAGGCGCAGACUGCAAGUGCUCGUGGAAGCAGGGCCAGACUUGUUGGCGUUUGAGACCAUCCCAAAUAAAUUAGAAGCCCAGGCUUGCAUAGAGUUGUUGGAGGAGGAAAAUGUUGAAAUUCCGUCAUGGAUCUGUUUCAGCUCGGUAGACGGUGAGAAUGCUCCUUCCGGGGAAAACUUCAAGGACUGCCUUGAUGUUACUAACAAGAGCAUCAGAGUUGCAGCUGUCGGUGUAAACUGCGCACCUCCUCAGUUUGUUCUCCCCCUCAUCCACAAGUUUAAGCAGAUGACUGAGAAGGCAAUUGUUGUGUAUCCUAACAGUGGUGAGAUAUGGGAUGGCAUACAAAAGCAAUGGCUGGUGGGUGGUGUUGGUGCUCAUGACUCCCAAUAUUAAAAUUCACUUGAUUGAAUUCUCAGAAUGAUCCUUUAUAAUAAUAGGGUAUUUUUCCCAAAUCAGUCUUCAAUAAACAAUAAUUACUUGCGUAUUGUUUUAUAAUUCAGAUUUAUUCCUUAAGUAGUUCUCCGUAAAAAAAAGUCCAUUAAAUGAUUAUUCAGUAUUGUGUAUUUUGGUAAUGUUUUUCCCAAACCACCCUCAUUACCAUAUCUUCGCAAUUAUCGGAGGACUAUCGUGGGGAAAAAAUCUCAGUAAAUAUCACGUAGAUAGUUACUGUUUAUUAAUUAUUAUCGAUGGAAAAUAUCUCAACCGUAUGUAUUUACUGCUUAUUGAAGACUGAUUUGAAAAAAAACACCUUACUAGAAAUAACUAUUUUAGAAAUUUACGCACUACAGAUUUCUCUUCUUCGUUAAUGUAUGUAAACGUGCGCGUAUGUUUUUUUUUCUUUCUCCCCCAAGCAGCAUUCGAAAUGUUUUGACGACGAGAGGUUUGGGGAAGACGCCCUUCUAUGGCGUGAAGCGGGAGCCAAUCUCAUAGGGGGCUGCUGUCGGACGACGCCCUCCACCAUUGAAGCUAUUGCAAGAGUCCUCAAAGAACAACACUGAUCCCCUUCUCAUUAACUUGGGGGUGUGAAUUAAUCUACAAAGUGUCAUGUAAAAAAAAAGGAAAACAAAUGUUUCUUCUCUUCCUAUAUAUAAAUAAAGUGUCUCCAAGUAC